AUGGGCAAGAAGGGCAAGAAAGAGAAGAAGGGCCGCGGGGCCGAGAAGACGGCCGCCAAGAUGGAGAAGAAGGUGUCCAAGCGCUCGCGGAAGGAGGAGGAAGACCUUGAAGCUCUAAUAGCCCACUUCCAGACACUGGAUGCCAGGAAGACUCAGAUUGUAGAAGUACAGUGUCCGCCACCUUCUCCCAGGUUAAAUGCAUCGCUCUCCGCUCAUCCUGAGAAAGACGAAUUGAUCCUUUUCGGAGGUGAAUAUUUCAAUGGCAAAAAAACUUUUUUGUACAACGAGCUGUAUACCUACAACAUCCGAAAGGACGCGUGGACUAAAGUGGAGAUCCCUAAUCCUCCUCCCCGGCGCUGUGCUCAUCAGGCCGUGGUGGUGCCCCAGGGCGGCGGACAGCUGUGGGUCUUUGGAGGGGAGUUUGCCUCUCCCGAGGGGGAGCAGUUCUACCACUACAAGGAUCUGUGGGUGCUGCACUUGGCCACCAAGACCUGGGAACAAGUCAAGUGUGUGGGGGGCCCCUCAGGCCGGAGCGGACACCGGAUGGUCUCCUGGAAGCGACAGCUCUUCGUCUUUGGCGGUUUCCACGAGAGUAGGAGAGACUACAUCUAUUACAACGAUGUAUACACCUUUAAUCUGGAUACCUUCACGUGGGCCAAGCUGUCUCCCUCAGGGAUGGGACCUACCCCCAGGUCUGGCUGCCAGAUGUCUGUCACUGCCCAGGGUGGCAUCAUCAUCUACGGAGGCUAUUCGAAACAGAGAGUCAAGAAAGACGUGGACAGAGGCACUCUGCACUCAGACAUGUUCCUGCUCAGGCCCGAGGAUGGAAAGGACGGCAAGUGGACUUGGACGCGGAUCCACCCUUCGGGAGUCAAGCCCACGCCAAGGUCCGGCUUCUCGGUGGCCGUGACCCCGAACCAUCAGACGCUGCUCUUUGGGGGGGUGUGUGACGAGGAGGAGGAGGAGAGUCUGCAAGGGGACUUCUUCAAUGACCUGUAUUUCUAUGACUCUGCCAAGAGCCGCUGGUUCGCCGGGCAACUCAAGGAACCUAGGUCUGAGAAGAAGAAACGGCGACGUGGCAGGACAGGAGAGCCUCCAGGCGUGGAGAAGCCGGCAGCAUUGGAGCCCAGCCCCCAGCAACCCCUGGAAGUGGUCCGAGAGGUGAUCUCCGAGGAUGGGACUGUGGUCACCAUCAAGCAGCUUCUCCCUAUAUCCGGCGAGGCUGGCGCAGCAGCUGAGGACGAGGACAGUACGGAGGAGGCCGGAGCACCCGUAGUGGCACCGAGCCCCCGCUCCAAUGCCAUGCUCGCCGUGAAGCACGGGCUGCUCUACGUUUACGGGGGCAUGUUUGAGGCGGGCGACCGCCAGUUCACCCUCAGUGACCUCUAUUGCCUGGACCUGCAGAAGAUGGAGGGGUGGAAGGCCCUGGUGGAGAUGGACCCAGACACUCAAGAGUGGCUGGAGGAAACUGACUCAGAGGAGGAUGGAGAUGAGGAAGAAGAAGACACGGGAGAGGAGAGCAGUGAGGAAGACACAGCAGAUGCAACACCUCCACCUGCAGAGCACGUCGAGAGCUAUGAGGACUACCUGUGCCGGACAGAGCCUCACUGGGUGGCCCGAGCCCGGGAGAGCCUGGGCCCUGAGGCCAAGGAGAAGAAAGUGCUGAGAGCUGCUCAUGCGAUGGCUAAGGAGUUUUUCCAUGAUUCAGAUCCAGACACUGCCCGAGGCCAGACCUCAGGGAGGGUCGCCUUCGAUGGGAGCAGAGGACAGGAGCAGUGUGUGGCAGAACUUCAGGGAACCCCAUCUCCCCAGACGGAGGGCGACACCGUCCCAGAGCCGGGCCACAGACAGAUUUCUCUGCUGCCCCUCCUGUGCUGCACUGUGGUGAGCCUUCUGCUCAGCCCCCGAUCAUCACCCUGCUGGACCACGCGGAAUGUGGGCUCCUCCCAGCUUACCUUCCUUAAGGGUUGA